UCCAAAUGUCACCAUUGUUGAUUUUACGAUGAGAUCGUUCCUCAUUCUUUUCCUCUCCUUUUACACCCUAACUCAGGUAGCAGCAUUAGAUGAUGCUUUAUCCAUUUUGGAAUUCAAAUACAAAGCCGAUCUCCAUAACAAGCUUCCCUAUUCCGUUAACACCACCUCCACCCACUGCAAAUGGCAGGGAGUACAAUGCCAGUCCGACGGUAAGGUGGUUCACCUUGUUCUUGAGAAUUUGAGCCUGGCCGGAGUUUUUGCUCCCAACACAUUGACUCGCCUCGACCAGUUACGAGUUCUGAGUCUGCAAAGCAACUCGCUAACCGGACCCAUCCCUAACCUCGCCGGACUCGUUAACCUCAAAACCCUGUUUCUGGAUCACAACUCCUUCAGUGGUGCCAUUCCAUUAUCAAUCUCCUACCUUCACCGUCUACGAACCUUAGAUCUCUCAUACAACAAAUUAUCUGGAGUUAUUCCCCUGGAUAUCACAAAGUUAGACCGAUUAAAUUACCUUAGGCUCGAUUCAAAUCGUUUUAAUGGUUCUAUUCCUCCAUUGAAACAGUCAUCUCUUCAGAUCUUGAAUGUUUCGUGCAACAGUUUAACUGGUCCAGUUCCAGUAACUCCUACCCUCGCUAAUUUCACCGCCUCCUCGUUUUCGUUUAAUCCUGGACUUUGUGGUGAGAUCGUUCGCACAGAGUGCAGUUCAAUCGGACCUUUCUUCGGCAAAAAUUCCACGGCAGCACCACCACCACCGCCGAGGGUGGUGCUAGGGCAAAGCACGCAAAUGCAAGAGGGGAUGACGGGUUUUACAAAUUCCAAUUCGAGAAAGCACAAGAGAUUGGCAUUGAUUAUUGGUUUCUCCGCUGGCAUUGUGGUACUAAUUUCUUCGAUUAUGUGUCUGCUGAUAUCGAUGAAGGCGUCGGAGAAAAAGAAGAGAAAAGACAUUAUGUCUUCUAGUGAGAUAAUGGAGAUGGCAGCGGCGGCGGACGCAGCUGCGGAAGUGAUGAGGAUGGAGGAGACAAACGAGUUGGAAGAGAAGGUGAAGAAGCUACAACAAGGAAUGGCAAUGGGAAAGAGCGGAAACCUGGUGUUUUGCGCCGGAGAAACGCAGCUGUACACCCUGGAACAGCUGAUGAGGGCAUCGGCGGAGUUGCUAGGGAGAGGAUCGGUGGCAACCACCUACAAGGCGGUGCUAGACAACCGUCUGAUCGUGUGUGUGAAGCGGCUAGAUGCCGGUAGAAUGGCCGGAACCACCAAAGAGACGUUUGAAAGACACAUGGAGGCGGUGGGCGGCCUUCGCCACCCAAAUCUGGUGCCUCUUAGAGCUUAUUUUCAGGCGAAAGAAGAGCGACUUCUCGUUUAUGAUUACCAGGCCAACGGAAGUCUCUUCUCUCUCAUUCACGGGUCAAAGUCAACAAGAGCGAAGCCGCUGCACUGGACCUCAUGCCUGAAGAUAGCAGAGGACGUGGCACAAGGCCUCUGCUACAUCCACCAAGCAUGGAGACUUGUUCACGGCAAUCUCAAAUUAUCCAACGUUCUCCUUGGCUCCGAUUUCGAAGCCUGUCUCUCCGACUACUGCCUCUCCGCCCUCUCCCCCCGCCACCCUGAAGAUCCUGCCGCCUACGACCCACCAGAAAUACGCAAAUUAAACCACCAACCUACCGCUAAAUCCGAUGUCUACUCGUUCGGUGUUCUAUUGCUUGAGCUGCUAACAGGGAAGCCUGCUUCAGAGCACCCUCAUUUGAUGGCGGAUGAUAUGGUGAAAUGGGUUAGGUCGGCGAGGGAAAACGGUGCUGUGGAGGCGGAGGACCGGCGGAUGAUGAUGCUGGUUGAGGUAGCAAUUGUGUGUAGGGGGAGCUCGCCGGAACAAAGACCCACCAUGUGGCAGGUAUUAAAGAUGAUUCAGGAGGUUAAAGAAGGGGGCGGUGUACAAGAGGAGGGACCAAAUGAGCAAAAGUAGCCACUGACCUCUUUUUAUAUGUAUUGUAAUUGUAAAGAUUUGGAUGAAAAGGCUGCAUGCAUGGUUGAUCGGGAUGUAAAAGGUAUGUUGUCGUUUCAUCGUCCAACAUCUAUGAUAAUAAUAGUUGAACGAGGCCUGAAAUGGUUUUUAUUGUUGAA